CUGCCUGGGGCCACCCUCAAAACCUUGGAGCUGAAAGAAGCUGCACAGCUAGUGAAAAAUCCUGGAAUUCCUAAAAGCCCUCCAAGCGGAGUCAUGAGGGACCUCUCGGGGAACAUAAAGGUGACCAGCAAUGGCAGUAUUGGGAGGGACCUGCCAGCCGAGACUCAGCCCCAGAACCCACCACCCCAGCCAGCACCCAACGCCUGGCAGGUCAUCAAAGGUGUGCUGUUCAGGAUCUUCAUCAUCUGGGCCAUCAGCAGCUGGUUCCGCCGAGGGCCGGCCCCUCAGGACCAGGCGGGCCCCGGAGGAGCCCCGCGCGUCGCCAGCCGCAACCUGUUCCCCAAAGACACUUUAAUGAACCUGCACGUGUACAUCUCGGAGCACGAGCACUUUACAGACUUCAACGCCACCUCCGCGCUCUUCUGGGAGCAGCAUGACCUGGUGUAUGGGGACUGGACCAGCGGCGAGAACGCAGACGGCUGCUACGAGCACUUCGCCGAGCUCGACAUUCCGCAGAGUGUCCAGCAGAAUGGCUCCAUCUACAUCCAUGUCUACUUCACCAAGAGUGGAUUCCACCCAGACCCCCGGCAGAAGGCCCUGUACCGCCGGCUCGCCACGGUGCACAUGUCCCGCAUGAUCAACAAGUACAAGCGCCGAAGAUUCCAGAAAACCAAGAACCUGCUGACGGGAGAGACAGAAGCGGACCCAGAGAUGAUCAAGAGGGCUGAGGAUUACGGGCCUGUGGAGGUGAUCUCCCACUGGCACCCCAACAUCACCAUCAACAUCGUGGACGACCACACGCCGUGGGUGAAGGGCAGCGUGCCGCCUCCCCUGGACCAGUACGUGAAGUUUGAUGCCGUGAGUGGCGACUACUACCCCAUCAUCUACUUCAACGACUACUGGAACCUGCAGAAGGACUACUACCCCAUCAACGAGAGCCUGGCCAGCCUGCCGCUGCGCGUCUCCUUCUGCCCACUCUCGCUGUGGCGCUGGCAGCUCUACGCCGCCCAGAGCACGAAGUCGCCCUGGAACUUCUUGGGCGAUGACCUGUAUGAACAAUCGGACGAGGAGCAGGACUCGGUGAAGGUCGCGCUCCUGGAGACCAACCCCUACCUGCUGGCACUCACCAUCAUCGUGUCCAUUGUCCACAGUGUCUUUGAGUUCCUAGCCUUCAAGAAUGACAUCCAGUUCUGGAACAGCCGGCAGUCCCUGGAGGGGCUGUCUGUGCGCUCCGUCUUCUUCGGCGUCUUCCAGUCUUUUGUGGUUCUGCUCUACAUUCUGGACAACGAGACCAACUUUGUGGUCCAGGUCAGCGUCUUCAUCGGGGUCCUCAUUGACCUCUGGAAGAUCACCAAGGUCAUGGACGUCCGGCUGGACCGGGAGCACAGGCUGGCGGGAAUCUUCCCCUGCCCGACCUUCAAAGACAAGUCCACGUACAUUGAGUCCUCCACCAAAGUGUAUGAUGACAUGGCCUUCCGGUACCUGUCGUGGAUCCUCUUCCCGCUCCUGGGCUGCUACGCUGUCUACAGCCUCCUGUACCUGGAGCACAAGGGCUGGUACUCCUGGGUGCUCAGCAUGCUCUACGGCUUCCUGCUGACCUUCGGCUUCAUCACCAUGACCCCCCAGCUGUUCAUCAACUACAAGCUCAAAUCUGUGGCCCACCUGCCCUGGCGCAUGCUCACUUACAAGGCCCUCAACACUUUCAUUGACGACCUGUUCGCCUUUGUCAUCAAGAUGCCUGUUAUGUACCGGAUUGGCUGCCUGCGGGAUGACGUGGUGUUCUUCAUCUACCUCUACCAACGGUGGAUCUACCGCGUUGACCCCACCCGCGUGAACGAGUUUGGCAUGAGUGGAGAGGACGUCACAGCAGCCACCCCUGUGCCCCAGACCCCCACGACAGCGGGGGCCCUCACAUCUGCGCCUGCCGCCGCAGCCAGCGAGGAGGCCGCCAGCUCCGAGCCCCAGGAAGCCCCUCCAAAGCCAGCAGAGGACAAGAAAAAGGAUUAACCACCGUGGUCCUCCUCGUCCGCUCCGGCUCCUGGUGACCACGCCCUGCCUCCCUGGCCCCCUGCCUCCCUUCCCUGUGGCCCUUUCCCUGGACAGAUCAGGCCGGGCGGUGGGA